CCGGUGGACUUUGGCCUUUGGCGCCGCGGGAGGUACCCCCCGGGACCCGAGGCGAGCAGGCGGAGGCGGACGGACCGGCAGAGCGGGCGCGGACCUGGCCUCUGCGGCUCAGCCCGGCGCCGUGCUCUGCUUCCCGGCUCAUCGCGAACACCUGCCCGGCGCGUCUCCGGAUUCCCUUCUUCCCUGCCCACCGCCAACACCGGCCCGGCGCGUCUCCGGCAUGAGGAACGCGAGCAAGGAGCUGCCCGGCGCCACCAGCCGCUACGCCCCCUGCGACUGGUAUUACCACCUUCCUGUGAAGCGGUCUGAGAAGGCUGUGGACGCCCCGCCCAUGUCCCAGAUCCCAGGCCUCAGCGAGCUCCGGGACACCCCCAGCAGGCACCUGCUUGGGACUCGGAGGUACUGGAUCAAAGACACGGACUCAGAGUACGUGAAGCUGGCCAAGCAAGGCGGCCACCCCGAUCUGCUGAUGCACUUGGUGCCGCCCGGGUCCAGGAAGGGCUCGCCCGUCGCCUACUCCAUGCCCGACUGGUACGUCCACCACAGCCAGCCGCCCGCGGCCAGCCAGAGGCGGGGGCUUGCUGCCUACAUGCCCGAUUACAUGGUUCACAAAGAGUUUAACCCCGACCUGGCCAACGGGAAUUACGAGUCCCGAAGGGGGCCGUUCGACUUCGACGUGAAGACCAUCUGGCAGAGAGAGGCCGAGGAGCUGGACAAGAAGAAAAAGGUGAGGCUCCCCGCCAUUACCUCCAGGUCCCCCAGCAAAGCGGGGACCCCGCUGGGCCCCCGAGAUCCUGCAGGAAGUAGGCUCUCCUUCCCUCCCAUGCCUGGUCACAAAACCAGCUCCCCCACCAACUUCUCCAAACUCAUCAGCAACGGGUACCGGGAUGAGUGGCUGCUGCAGCGAGCCGACGCGGACAAGAGCACCCCGCAGCCGCCCCCAGCACCUGAGUCCCCGAAGGACCCCGAGGGGCAGGAUGCCGAGCAGCUCCCGGACCCAGAGGCUCCGGAAGGCUCUGCGGAGGCUCAAGAGUCUUCUCCAACAAGUCCAGGCUCCCCUCCGGCCACAGGGACGCCCACAGAGCUCAAGUAACCGGAGCCCAGGAUGUGGGGGGAUCACGUUCCGAAGGCUAGAUAUGAGCUGACCGUGUCACGUCUGUGUUUAUAAGGCUCCGGCUCUACGUUACCAAUAUAGAUUCUCAUGAAAUAA